CUUGAGCAGCUGAGCUCUUACUUCACCGGAACCUCGCGACUCUUUUUCCUCCCCUUCAAAACCCCUCGCCUCCACCGCCACCACUACCACUACCGCCACCGCGGACGGCGUUGCCCAGCCGCGCGAUCUCAUCACCGGAAUGUCGCACCAGCCGUACGAUCCCUACUACCUGGCGGUUGCGCCUCCGAUGCCGGACUACGGCGCGACCUUCGCCGGGGGCGAAAAGGGGCUGAUCAACACGCUCUUCGUCUCCGGACUCCCCGACGACGUGAAGGCGCGCGAGAUUCACAACCUCUUCCGCCGUCGCCCUGGGUUCGACUCCUGCCAGCUCAAGUACACCGGCCGUGGCAAUCAGGUGGUUGCUUUUGCUACAUUCUUCAACCAUCAAUCAGCAAUAGCAGCAUUGCACACCUUAAAUGGCGUCAAAUUCGAUCCUCAAACUGGAUCCACUUUGCAUAUUGAGCUAGCCAGAUCAAAUUCAAGGCGAAAACGUAAACCAGGGAGUGGACCUUAUGUCGUUAUAGAUAAUAGAAGUAAUGAGGCAUCAAAUGCGCAGGAACCUUCAAGCAAUGAUGAUGGAGACUCUGAAUCAGAGGAUCCAUCUGAGGAUGAUAAUCAUGAAUCUGGCAACGAGGAUGAUUCAGAGACUGCAAAAAGCGGUGAGACACCAGGUGCUGAUGGCACUGCAGAAGCUGAGAAUUCAGAGAAGCCCGUGGAUGGGAAUGUCAACCCAUGUUCAACUUUGUUUAUUGCGAACCUGGGUCCAAAUUGCACGGAGGAAGAACUGACGCAGGCUCUCUCCCGAUAUGCUGGAUUCAAGAUGGUUAAACUACGUGGCCGAAGCGGAAUGCCGGUUGCGUUUGCUGAUUUUGAGGAAAUCGAGCAAGCUAGUAAGGCGAUGGAGGAGCUUCAGGGUAGCGAGUUAGCAUCGUCAGACCGAGGCGGCAUGAACAUGGAAUAUGCGAGGUCCAAAAUGAGGAAGCAUUAGAACUUCUGGGAGGAUGACGACAAAGCCUUUGGAUUCUUCAAAGUUCAGCCAAAUGAUGCAUGAAGCGCAAUUGAAAAUUUUGCUCGGAUUUUCUGCUGCUCUUUUUUUUUCUUAAGGUUGUAAUAUUUUUUGGCGUUUCUGGUAUGAUAGAAUCAUUUUCUGUUUAUGCCUGCUUUGGUCAA